UCCCUUUUCCCACCUCCCUCCUUGAAGAAAAAAAAAAAGAGCCAUGAGCCCAGGAUUUGUGGGGCAGCAGAGGGUAGGGAUUAUUCCUGCUUUCUUCCUCUUCCACCUACAUGUUGUCCCCUAAUGUCGAGGUCUUCGUUACUGGUUUAAAGAAACCAGACACUGCAGAAGUGACCUUGGGCAGCAGGCUUGUUCCUGGAAGAGGAACGCCCACUCAGGGCUGGAUGCCAAGCAUUCAUGUUCCACGUCCAGCCCUGGUGAAAUCAGUCCUUGCCCGUAGGAGAGAGGCCAUGGCGGCGGUGUUUCUGCCUGGCAAUCUCCAGGAUGAAGCCACUUGCUCUGUCUGCCUGGAGUUCUUCAAAGACCCCGUGUCCAUCGAGUGCGGGCACAACUUCUGCCGGGCGUGCAUCAUCAAGAGUUGGAAGGACCUAGAGAUGGAUUUUCCCUGCCCACAGUGCCGGGAGGUCUUCCAACAGAAGAGCUUCAGACCCAACCGGCAGCUGGCAAACAUGUCCGAGAUCAUCAGCCAGUUCACCCUCCGUGGGGCCAAGGGUGCCGAGGAGGAAGGGCUCUGCACAAAGCACAGGGAAGCCCUCAAGCUCUACUGCAAGGACGACCGGAGAACCAUCUGCGUGGUGUGCGACCGGUCUCGGGAGCACCGGCCGCAUGCUGUUGUACCUGUGGACGAGGCAUCUGAGGAGUACAAGGAGAAAAUCCAGGGACGCUUGGAUUUCUUGAAAAAGGAGAGGCAAGAGCUGCUGGAGUUUAAAGUGAAUGAUGAUAAGAAAACCCAGGAGCUCUUGAAAACCAUCGAGAACGAGCGGCAGAAGCUGCUCUUGGAGUUUGAGAGGCUGCGGCAGUUCCUGCACGACCAGGAGCACAUCCUCUUGGGGCAGCUGGAGAAGAUGGAGAAGAACAUUGCCAAGAGGCAGAAUGAGAACAUCACCGACCUCUCCAAGGAGAUCACACUCCUCAACAAGCUCAUCACAGAGCUGGAGGAGAAAAUCCAGCAGCCCAUGCUUGAAUUCCUCAAGGAUGUCAUGAACAUCAUCAGCAGAAGUGAUGAUGUGAAGUGCCAGAAGCCUGUACCAGUAUGCACAGAUAUGAAAAUGCACAUCUGCAAUUUUUCCCUCAAGACUGUCGUCCUUGAGAAAGUCUUAAAGAAAUUCAGAGAAAACCUGCAAGAUGAACUGGGAAGAGGUGAAAAAGAGGACCUGACCCUGGACCCCGACUCGGCAAACCACCUCCUCAUCCUGUCUGCAGACCUCAAGAGCGUGAGGAUGGGUUGUAGGAAACAGGAGCUGCCUGACAACCCCAAGAGAUUCGACACGAACUCGCGGGUGCUGGCUUCCACGGGCUUCAAGUCGGGAAGACACUACUGGGAAGUGGAGGUGGGGGCCUCGGACGGCUGGGCCUUUGGGGUGGCCAAGGAGUCCGUCAGGAGGAAAGGUCUGACGCAGUUUUCCCCCGAAGAAGGCAUCUGGGCGGUACAGCAAAAUGGAGGUCGCUACUGGGCGGUCACUUCGCCCCAGCGCACUCCGCUGUGCCUCAGCCAGAAACUCAGCAAGGUCAGGGUGUACCUGGAUUAUGAAGGGGAAGAAGUCUCCUUCUACAACGCCGACAACAUGCAGCACAUCUUCACCUUCAACGUCGCCUUCCAGGAGAAGGUGUUCCCUCUCUUUUCCGUCUGCUCCACCGUCACCUACAUUAAACUGUGCCCCUGAUUUCUUGUGAGCUUUGCUGAGGACCUGUCUCCGUGGUCUUCACUGGAUGGUGCCUGGGCAGCAGCGAGGAGCACGAGGGAUGCUGCAAUCAACCAUGCAGCCUGGUUCAUAGGCAAGCUGAUAGAUGGGUAACCAGGUAGUCAGGGCAAAAUAUCACAAGGAAGGUGUUCCAAUCAGCUUAAAACAGCUAUUGAAGUCAUCAGCAGUCCCCAGAAGGUCGUGGUCACCAUCUUAAACGCAUCUCUGAACCAACUCACCUCUUAAGCAAGAAGGAAACCACUGGUAGUUGGUUUGUGGCUCCAAGUCUGGUAAUGGACAAGCGUUUUUCUUUUCUCAUGUGGGUCUAAGGAUCAAUAUUAGAGCUGGUGGAAGUUUUGGAGUGGAACCUCCACCUCUUUAGAAGUGCCAAUGACUUAAAACCAAAAUGUUUAGUGGGUAAAUGCCCCGUGGGAAAGGUGGAGAGAGUAACACCGAGUAGGACACUUUGGACAUCCAUCCAAAGCCAGAAUAGGCAAAGCUCAUUUGUAUUUGAUCAAGUAAAAUCAAAUUACAAAGUUUUGUUCCUCCUGAAGUGAAUGUAAUGGGGAUUUUCCCAUUGUUGUAUUAUACUGUUGCUCCCAACAAACCAUAGCCACCAUCUCUGUGCCAAAAGUGGAAAUCCUGCCCAGGUGCCUUCACUCCUAGAAGAUUUAGGAGAAGAUAUUUAGGCUGAUUAACUGCUCCUGGGGAGUAAUUGGAUUUCAGCACGUCAGGAUGCUUGGUGAGGAUGCUCACGGCCUCGUGCUGGGCUGUGUGGGUGGUUAUAAAGGUCUCAGCUGGAGUUUCAGGCUUUUUCCUCUUGCUCCUGCUGGGAAGAAAGGUCCCCAGUGAAGGGUGGGUGCUUGGUUACUUAUUCUAGCUGGUGCCCCUAAAAACUGGGGUAAUAGCUGGACCUCAAAGGCUGUUUUUGCAAUGUUGAGAUGGUGGUCUGAGCUGUCCCAAGUGAUCUAAACCAUACGGCUACCAAGAUCUGGCCUGCCUUGGAGUCCGGUUGGGGUUGAAGAGUUGCUGUGGACUUUUGGUUGCCCUCUCCAUCAGCUUGUGUAAGUGCUCUGUACUUUGCUUUUCUGUCUACGGCUCCUCUGGGGAGGAGGGAGAGGUAUUGCUGCUGCCCUGGAAAAGGCUGAAAGGUGCUUUUUUUUUUUUUUUUGCGGUUUUUUUUUUUUUAAGCAACAAAUAUUAAUGUUGCUCAGGUGUGUUUGUCCUACUGGAUGUGAGCAAGAACUAUGUUUCUGAAAUUUGGUGCUCCUAUGUGACUCCUCCUGAGGUGCCCUCUCUGCAGAAGAUGGUGUUUUCAAAACAAUCCCUCAUGGCUAUUUGCUCUUCACCGUCAGGGUGGUGAGGUGCUGGAAGAGGCUGCCCAGGGAAGCUGUGGAUGUCCCAUCCCUGGAAGUGUUCAAGGCCAGGUUGGACGGAGUUGUGAGCAACCUGGUCUAGUGGAAGGUGUCCCCAUGGUGGGGGCGUCGGAACUAGAUGGUCCUUAAGGUCCCUUUGAACCCAAACUAUUCUACAGUCCUUUACCUGUAGUAACCUAGACUUUAGGUGCUCAAUCUUGUAUUUCCUCAGACUCUCUUUACUGCUCAGCUCUCAGAAAAAACAUGCAUUUACCUUCAUCUCCUGCUUUCUUUUUCUGGAAUUCCUCACUACCAAGACAACAAAAGUGCAACAUGCAGCUUGCUUUGUUCACUGUUGCUUUUGCCAAAACAAAGCAGCUGUUAAAAAAAUAACGGGCAUAUUAUCGUCUGAAGUGAUAAAAAAUACAGUUUCUGGUUCGGGGGUGUUGUUGGUUGGCUUCUUAACCUUUUCUAGAGAACAUGCAAAUACUUUUAAGGAAAUACACAGUUGGGAUGAGGCGGGGAGCUUUUUUUUUAAUGAAGAACAACAUUUCCUCAUUGAUUCUAAGAUGAGAAAAAGGCAUUUCUAUGUGUAGCUAAUCUUCAUACGUGCCCAAACCUACUGGCAAACCCCUGAUCAACUCCAGCAAUCUGUGCGUUUCCUACACUUCGGGGGUUUAAACUCCUCUGCAGUAAAUCCGUGUCACAGCAGCAGAAUAAAAUGAAAAGGCUGUGGUCCUCUCCCAGGGCCCACAGAUGCUGUGUGUGCAGGUGGGUGGUUGCCCCCAACACCUUCGAUUGCUUCCACCAGCUUGUGCCCUUGGUGGUGAAGACGUGCUGCCCAUCGACCGCUGCCUUAGAAAGUGGCCUGACUGAUGCAAAAGGUGACAUCAAAACCCAAACCGACCAGAAGUGAGGUGAAUCCAUGCGAGAACGUCAUGAUGCUGCUGACUUGAAGAGGUGCUUUACUCCCAGUGUUACAGGUGUAUCUUCCCAUGCAUGGCUGAAGGUUUUCUUUGUGCACGGCUGAGCCCUUAGCUCUAUCCCAAAUAAUGGAAAUCUGCCCAGGAACUACUGGAGAUGAAGCACAAUCCAUCUUCUAGGAGAUGAAUUAAUGCAGGAUCAGGUGAAUUUCAGAUACCAUUAGUCAUAAAAAGAGCUGGGGGUGACUGGUUUAGGUGUGACAAUCUCCAUUUUGAGUGGGUGGGUUCUUUCCUACUUUGUCUGCUUUUUGUUUUUGUUUGUUUAAUGAGUUUGGCUUUAAACCCACAUUAUUUAAAGCUGCAGCAACUCUUAUAAAGGUCAGGCCAUGAACAGGUGAGCAAAAUGCCUGAAUUUCCUGAGCUCCCUCCAUUGUUGAAGCUAUGCCACUGUAGAAAUUACAUCAAUAAAUAAAAAUCCCUAGAACAAAAAAGGUAUUAGCAGAAGCCACGGUAUUUCUUAUGUUGUGACUCAGUGGGGUUUUUUAUCUGUACAUGAGAAAUGAGUCUUCUACAAACCACGGGGAGCAAAAAUCAUCACCUGAGUGGAUUUGAAACCUCCCAGAUUGUUCCUAGCCCAUGUGCUAGAAAUAAAAUGUGAAGGUGCUA